AAAGACUCUAACUUCAUGGUCAGCUCUAAAACCCUAAACCCUGCACCCAUCCUUAAAAAAAAAAAAGGAAUUUAGGCGGUAAAAUAUCCCCCAAUUCCAAACCCUAAUUUCACUCUGUUCUUAAUUCUCAUGCAAUCGACAUCCUACACAGCCCCCAAUUCCCAACACUUUUCUCUUCCAUGGAAAUCUCCGGAACCCCAUUUUACCACCCGGAAAUCAACCCCCUUUAAAUCCAAAAGCCGCUUCAAGACCCUCACUCUCACCAAUUCCCUGAGACCCUCGCUCGACUACGAACCCGAGGAAAGCAUCGAUAAAGGGCCCGGACCCGUAACCGCAUCCCCGGGUCGACUCCCUGUGGUGAUUCGGAAGUCCGGUAGGGUUUCUAGGUACUUUUGGGAUGGGAAUUGUUUGCGAUUGGUUCGCGUGGAUGGCGGUGCGUCGUCGUUUUCUUUCGAUUUUGAUGACGGGUUUAGGAAAUUGUUUAGAAUUCUUGCUUCGGCUGUCAGGGAUUUCUUUAUUCCAAAACAAGUCAGUGAGAGUUACAUGGACUAUGUGAAGUGGAAGUUUUUGCACCGGGUUUUCAGCUCCGCUCUCCAGGUGCUUGCCACUCAGGCAAUGUUCCGGGCUAUAGGAAUUGGAUACUCUCAUUCACUUUCGUCUGCCGCUGCUCUUAACUGGGUCUUGAAGGAUGGACUUGGACGGCUAAGUAGGUGUAUCUACACGGCUAGCCUAGCCUCUGCUUUCGAUACCAAUCUAAAGAGAGUUAGGUUCUCAACGUCUGUUAUCUUCACUUUGAGCAUUGGAGUGGAGUUGUUGACUCCUGCAUUUCCGCAAUACUUCUUGUUGCUUGCAUCUGUUGCUAACAUUGCCAAACAAAUAAGCCUUGCAUCCUACUUAGCUACAAAUACAGCUGUUCAUCGAAGCUUUGCAAUAGGAGAUAACCUUGGUGAAGUUUCUGCAAAGGCACAGAUUCAAACAGUAUGCUUUGAUAACCUUGGCUUAUUGCUUGCUGCACUUCUGAAUAUGUUGUUGAAGAACAGUCCCAGAUUGCUAGCAGGUUUACCAUUUGUUAUAUACCCAAUUUUCUCAGCAUUUGAUCUUAUUGGAAUAUAUCAGGGGCUUAAACAUGUCCAUCUGCCGACACUAACUAAGGAUAGACUUGAGAUUAUACUAAACACUUGGAUUGAGUUAGGAUAUGUCCCUUCACCCGCAGAUGUGAGCAAAGAGGAAGGAGUUGAUUUUCUGUGGAGCAAAGGAAAAAACGCUUGGCCCAUCAGAAUAGGGUGCUUAAGUCCCGAGGAUCAGAUACCCAAAUGGUCAAUGAUGGCAAUGCAAUAUACAAGUAGUGAGGAUUAUUACUUCAUAUGCAUGGAAAUCUUCCGCAACAGAGUGAAGAGAACUAAGCAACAAGGAAUGCUUCUUUGUCUACGGGAAGGGGCCAUCACUGCAAAUAUUAUCAUGGGUUUUUUACAGGCGUGCUACAUUCGGAAGGCAAUCCUUGUGAAGAGGAGUUGGUGGGAGAACAUUAUUGGGGGUAGUGAUCCAUUGGAUUCUGUUUUCAAUGAAUGGUUUCAAGUGAUGGAGGAUAGCAAACGAUGUGCGCAGAAGGAUUUGUCUCUAUUGAAUGAACAAAUGUUGGGCAUGGGUUGGGCUGCUAAAAACAUUUUGUUAAGUACACCGGAGCAGGCUCGAUACAGUUUUGUAGAUGACUGAAGCUUUGGGAAUGUUUUCUUGAGAUCGGCGGAUCUCUCUUUAUACGGAGAGUUUUGGGGAUGAAUCUUUUAAUCUAAAGCUAUCAAUUUUUGCAAA